AACAUCAAUUAAAUCCCCAAAUCCGAAGAAGAAUAGAGAGAGAAACUAGGGUUAGGGCUUAACAUUUAUCAUUAUUCACUCAUACACAAACUUAGAAAAAAUAGAAACCCUUAUCUCUCCAAAAACCGAAUAAACUUGAGAAUCCGAGGCCAUGGCAGCACCACCACUUGCGAAGAGGAAGCCGGUGUUCAUCAAGGUGGACCAGCUGAAACCCGGCACCACCGGUAACACACUCACCGUCAAGGUCGUCACCUCCAAACCGGUGAAAACCGUCGCCAACAGGGGCGGCCCUCGCCCCUCCCGAAUCGCCGAAUGCCUCAUCGGCGACGAAACCGGCACCGUCGUCUUCACUGCCCGCAACGAACAGGUGGAGCUCAUGAACCCAGGUUCAACUAUAAUUUUGCGUAAUGCGAAGAUUGACAUGUUCAAAGGAUCCAUGAGGCUAGCUGUUGAUAGAUGGGGGCGAAUUGAAGUCACUGAACCUGCAAAUUUUGAGGUUAAAGAGGAAAACAAUCUUUCUUUAGUUGAGUAUGAACUUGUUAAUGUUGUUGAAGAGUGAUUUUUUAGCCUCUUGAGUUUUUAUUAGUUUUUCGUUUUCUGGGUUUAAUGUGCUUAUGUUCAACAUGCAAAGUAAAUAUUGUCAUGUAUUUACUAUUUAUUACCUCAAUAAUAUAAUAUAACCUGUCGUGUUUCAACAAAUUAUUUGGAA